AUGGGAAAUCAUAUGUUUCAAUUUGCAUCUGCCCUAGGAAUAGCAAGAUCUAAAGGAAUGAUACCUGUCAUUACUGAAUAUUUUCCUCUUAGAAAAAUAUUCAAACUAGUGGUCCGUGUGGUUCCGAUUGAUAGUUUGAUAUUUGACAGGAGUCGCAUUAUAACACGGGUGGAAGAAAAAGCAGCUAUUUAUGACAAAAAAUUAGUCAAUUUCACAAAUUCUCAUGAUGUGCGUUUAGUGUCGUAUUUACAAUCAUAUUUGUAUUUUGACAAAAACAGCAGUGAACUCAGGAAGCAGUUUUUAUUCAAAGACAAUAUACAGUCCGAAGCAAACAAAACGAUGAAAAGAGUCCUCAAUAGAUUUAAAAUAAUUUCCCGACAAAAGGUGACUUUAAUCGGGGUUCAUGUUCGUCGAGGUGGGUAUGCCGGUGAAAACUAG